AUGCGAGCAUUCAGUGGUUUCCUGGCCCCGGACCAACUGCUGUUGCUUUGGGAUAGAGUAUUGGGUUUCGACUCGCUAGAAAUUCUUUCAGUGCUUGCGGUGGCCAUCUUCUCCUACAGGCGUACAAAUCUGCUGUUGGUGAACACGUUCGCCUCUGUGGAAGCCGUUCUAGCUGACCUAACUCCACUGCAGAUUACCGGACUUCUGCAAUUGACACUGUUCUCAAGAUGUUGA